ACCAAACUAAACAAAACUAAUAUUUAAGUUCGAUUAAGAAUUAGCCUCUGCGGUCGGACAUUUUGCAUAAGUCCAGACGAAUACUCCGGUCAAAAUCAAAAUAUUUUUGUUGUUGAAGUGGGUUUGAUUAUGGAUAGAGUAUACCAUUUAGUAGAAGAAAAGGCAGUAGUGAUAUUUAGUAGGAGUUCAUGUUGUAUGUCUCAUUCAAUGAAACAACUUAUAAGUAGCUAUGGAGCAAAUCCAACAGUUUAUGAGCUUGAUCAAACUCCAAAUGGAGAUGAGAUUGAUAUGGCAUUACAAAUACUAGGGCAAUCUCCCUCUAUUCCUGCCCUCUUUAUAGGCCAGAGAUACAUUGGUGGUGCUAAAGAACUUAUUACCCUACAAGUUCAAGGAAAAUUGGUGCCCUUGCUAAGGGAAGCUAAGGCCAUUUGGGUUUGAAUUUUGGGGUAUACAUAACAUCAUCAUCAUAUGAUUUCUACAAUUAAUUCCCCCCUUUUUUUAAUCGGGUAAAAAUAGAAAAUCUCUUAAAAAAAAAACUAAUUCUCUAUAUAGGCACGCAGUCAUAAUCGAAUCUAUAUU